CGCUCGAUUCAAAUCGUUUAGAAAUUUAUUUUAACCGAAAAACAUGGACAUCUACACAUCUAUCAAGGAAUUCUUUACGUUAGAGCCAGAACAGGAUUGCGUUAUCGAUAAUUUCGUGUUUCGCCUCAAUUACAGGACGACAUCGGCGAUAAUAAUGCUUUGCUGGGCGUUCGUAACCGCAACGAAUUUUGUCGGUUCCCCGAUCGCCUGUUUGACGGAAGGAAACCCGGAAGACUUCAUCGAACUUUACUGCAUUACACAUUCGACGUUUACAGUGCCGGAUACGAGGAAGUUGAACCCUAGAUUCAAAAGCGACGAAGUUUCUUAUCAAAAAUACUAUUUGUGGGUCCAUUUAGUCCUGUUCGUUCAAAGCUAUUUGUUCUAUUCGACCGGCUGGAUUUGGUCCUCUUGGGAAGGAGGCAAGGUGCACAAAUUGAAAAGCAUAUCUAAAACAGCUUUACUUGACUAUUUCAGCUAUAAAAGAGGAAAUCAUAACUCCUACGCUUUUGGUUUUAUAAUUUGCGAAUUUCUCAGUUGUGCUCACGUGGCUUUGCAAAUCUACCUAAUGGACAGGUUUUUCGACGGGGAGUUCACUUAUUUCGGCGUGAAAGUGUUUCAGAUUCUCUUCUUGGAUUUCGGCGAAAGGGACGACGCCCUUGAAAAAGUCUUCCCGAAGCUUGUGAAAUGCACAUUCGAGAAAUUCGGCUCAUCGGGGACGAAGCAGGUCUACGACAGCCUCUGCCUUCUGACUAUGAAUAUCAUCAACGAGAAAAUCUUCUCGGCAUUGUGGUUCUGGUUCGUUUUCCUGUUUGUCGCCUCCUUUCUCGCCUUGGCUUACGAUCUGGCUUCAGUGGUUUCGAAGAAUUUUCGUUAUUUUGGCUCGAGACUUUUAGAAUGGCCAUCGGCUAAAGCGGCUAAGAAAUUAAACUUCGGCGACUGGUUUCUACUCUGCCAGCUCUCAAAAAACGUAGAUCAAAACGUUUUUCACAUACUAUUGGAGCACAUUGAAAACGAACUGUAAAUAUAAAUUAUUAAUAAAUUUUAAUCUUAGUAAAUAAACUUCGUUCCUAUACAAUAACAAAAAUUUUGGCAAGUUUUACAAUACGCGCGAGGCGCAAUAAGUUCACUGAGAAUAGUUGUUUGCUAUUCUCUUCACUGAGAGUUCAACAUAAAAUGUACAACCUACAUACUGCUAGAACUAUUAAAACAUAGUU